CAAUUACUUGAGACGAGCGAGCAUUAUACGGUUCAUAUAUGAUCCUCCUCAGUAGUUCAUGGCCUCCGCUUCACAUUGUCACAACGGAGGAGAUUCAGACCAAAACAUUAAAUGGGGUCAUUAGUGGUAAAACUUUUGCUAAAUGCGGUCAAAAAAGAGAAAUCUCACUAAAUGGGAUUAAAGCUGUCAAAAAAGUGAAACUUGUGAUAAAAAAUGGAAUUCACUCUUAAAUAAUUCGUCCAUGAAAACAAGAACCACAAGUUUUGAUAGUCCUCGCAUGUCCAUGAAGGUUGGGACACUUGGUGCCAACAAGAGAGGGAUCAACGCAUGCUGUUGGAGACAGCUAGAAUGUGGCACGGCAGGACAUCCAACUGCUAUUCCAAAGCUCAUACAAUUCCCCUUUCGCUAUCGUCUUUUUCUUGUUCUUGUGCGUAUCUCUCCUUGCUGGUUACACCUUUAUUCCUUCUUUCCAUCGUCGUUCCAUAGGUCUGCUCUUCUCUUUCCACGACACACCGCACGAAUUCGUCAUAACUACUGCACGGUCCACUGAACUAGCUUAGUAUAGUUAACUUCGGAAAUCUCUACCUCGUCAUACCACUUUGCUUCGGCGUUUCUGCUCAACUCACCAGAAAAACAAAAUGGCCAUGCCGAUGCCGAUGCCGCCUCCUCCUCCGAUGUGGCCGAUGGAGCCGCCCGCGGCUGGCAUGCCAGGGAUGGACAUGGACAUGGGCAUGGCGAUGCACGCGACCUUCUUCUGGGGCCACCGCGCGCAGGUGCUCUUCAACGGCUGGCCCGGGGCCGGCCCUCGCGCCGGCAGCGGCAUGUACGUGCUCUGCCUCUUCGUCGUGCUCGCGCUUGCGGCCCUCGUGGAGGCGCUCUCCGCGGCGUCCAAGGGGCUCGCCCGGCGCCGGCCUGGCGCUACUGGCGCGACAACGUUUUUGAUCUCCGCGGUCGUGGUCCACGCGGCCAAGAUGGCGCUCGCGUACAUGGUGAUGCUGGCCGUGAUGUCCUUCAACGUCGGCGUCCUCCUCGCCGCCGUCGCGGGCCACGCCCUCGGGUUCCUGCUCGCGCGGACCUGGGCGCUUCGCCGCGGCAGCGGAGGCGGUGCCACGGGUGUUGAUGACGACGCGCCACGGAACGGUGCUGCUCACGCUCCCUCCGACUCCGAGGCAGCUGAGCCCAAACCUUAGAUGCCGCGAAUGGUUGGGGACUCGAGGGAUGCUGAAUUUGAAAUGCCCUUUGUGCUUCAGUAAACAAAUUCGCAUUCCGCCUCAGAGUAUAAGCUUGCUGCUGUGCUAUUUGGUCGAUGGUUUUCUGUGAUGUUAUACAACCGUUGGUUUAGAGACGAAGUAGCACUGUAGCAGGAUCUCUUCUUCGAGACGACAUAUUGAGCUCGGAUCGAUCGGCCAGGAAUGAUCUGAGCAAUUUUUACUCCUUUCUUGCAACUAGUAAUGUUUUUAAAAUUAAAUCAGAACUACCCGAGCAAAAAUAGACAUUUGCCUGGA